GUCUCUCUCUAGGGUUCUCAAACUGAACUCAGUCAUGUGAAGAAGAGAUGGUGAGUGAAAUUCAGAACUCCGAACUGGUGGAUCCGCUUCAUGGUCACUCCGGUCUCUCUCUGUUCCCUCGUACAAUUAGGGCUUCCGCAGAUGCCUCAAACCCUAGCGACCCCGACGACCUACAAUCAAUUCACGAUUUCAUGAAAUCAAUGGGGUUAAGAAGUCCUCAUAAGCUUUUAGAGAAGGCAAAGGCAGUCAUCAGUGGUGGUUCAGAAGUUUUGAACUCCAGCUUUGUAGCAGUUAUGCACAAUGAUGACACUUUUGCAGCCAAGGGCAAGGAAAACCCUCAAGAACGAAGGCCUGGGUUGGGCCGAAAGAGGGCUCGGUUUUCUUUGAAGCCUGAUAAAAGUAAGCCUGUCGUGAGUAUGGAAGCAUCUUUGGAGAUUGAUCAUCUGCAAAACCCGGAGGAAUUUUUCUCUGCUUAUGAAAAGCUUGAAAAUGCCAGAAAAGAAAUACAAAGACAGACGGGUGGCAAUACGACUUAUCUAAAUGAGUACAAUCCAUCCACAAAUGUGCGACGUCGUCGACCAGGAAUGUUGGGGAAGUCAGUUAGUUAUAAGCACCGCUAUUCAUCUGUUCUGUCUGAAAAUAACAACACUUUUACAUCCUCUCAAGACAUAUUGAAACAAGAAGUUCUCAGUCCACCUAAUCCUGAUUUACGAGAAGAGACAGCUGAUAUGGAUGUUGAAACCCAGGAAAUAGAAUUAACAGGAUCAAUAGCUAAGACCGAGAGCAGAGUGAACGAGCUUUUGCAUGAAUUAUUAUCCAGUAAUGAUGAAGAUUUAGAGGGGAAUAGGGCUUUAUCUCUUUUGCAGGAGCGGUUGCAGAUCAAACCUCUUGAUCUAGGAAACUUAUGCCUCCCUGACUUUCCUGAUACUGGAAAGACUGAUUUUGCAGCUUUUCAAGAGAAGUUGCCAAGACGCCACAACUCUUUGUCGGAUGUGCAUAAUUUGGUGAAAGGUAUAUGGGAAAAAACACCUGCAAAACAUAAGCAAGUAGCAGAAAGCUCCAUGCAUUCCCUAGAGUCACCCACCCCACCAAGAAGUCCAUUUGCUUCAAUACUUUUGUUGAAAAAACAGAUUUUGCAGUUAAAUCCAUUGCGCGAUCCAUUCUCACCUCUUAAUGUGGAUCUGUCAGCAACCAGAUAUCAUUCUUCUGUAGAACACACAGAAAAGCAAUCUGAACAGAUUGUUAUUCAGGAGAAAUCUAGUACUUCUAGCAAGUUGAAGUCACUAGAAGGAGAUGAAACUACAAAAACUAUGGUUGCUAAUACAGGCUUACAAAAGGUGAUAACAGGAGGUUCAGUUCAUCUACCUGAUGAAUCUUUGAAUGACACCUUGAGCAGACAACGUGGUGGUAUUACUUUCAGUCCAAUUGGAUCUCAUGGUGACUUGGAGCAUCGUGGUGGGUGCCAAAAUAUGGAUGAUAGGGCUAUGGAUACAAGUGCAAGUAGGCCUAAUAUUGAUACUGAUGUUCUGCCAAAUGGGCCUAAUGACAUGGAGGAGAAUAUUGAAGAUGUGUUUCAGCAAGCAGUGUCCACUGUACAACCACCUAUGAUUGAUGAGGGCUCUACUAAGUCAGAUACAGAUACUCGGGCUUAUGGAUCCAUUGAAAUGGAGGACAAUCUGGUUGAAGAUAUUCUUCCGAAAGCGGCAUCUUCUGCACAACCAGAUGUCAUUCUGGAGGAUUCUGCCGUCGAAAACUUGAACAGCAGUCAGAGUCUGUUUGACAAAUCAACUCCUGCUGCAGUUGGAGACCAUGACAUGAAUGUAUCCUCUACGACCUCAGAAGUUGGUCAAGAAGAAUACAUUGAGAAAUGUCCAGGUACAUCUUUAAAUAAGCAAAAUAAAGCAAAAAGACAGCAUGAGCCACGCCAGAAAAAAGCAUUUUCCCAGAGGCAAAGCCUUGCAGAUGCUGGUACAUCAUUAGAAGGUGGGGUAAGACGAAGCAAAAGGAUCAAAAUGAGACCUUUGGCAUAUUGGAAAGGCGAAAGAUUUUUAUAUGGACGCGUACAUAAUAGCCUGACAACGGUAAUUGGGGUGAAGUACGAAUCUCCAGCCAAGGGUGAUGGAAAACCCACUUUGAAGGUCAAGUCCUAUGUGUCUGAUGCAUACAAAGAACUUGUUGAACUGGCAGCUCGGCAUUGAGAUCUCCUUGUAACCUCUUGAGGAUGAUCACGAUGAGGGAAAAUGGGAUUCCUCUAUGGAUCUUCUUGUUUACUCUAUAUCCAAAUGAAUGUUCUUGUACUAGGCAAUUAGAAUACUGCAUGCCUUAUUAGUUCUUAUUAACAGAGGUGAGUAAACAGAACGAAUACUUAUGGUGAUAUUGGAAAUGUUGAUUGAGUUAUGGAAGGCAUUUUUGUUCCAGUAAUCCUGUUAAAGUAGUAGUAUUGUACAUGUUCUUUCCAUGUGCAAUAAUUUUACUAAGUCAAACAACUUCAUGUAUUUGUU